CCACUCCGCCACUCCCGCUCCCAAAUUACCAAAACACCCCUUCUCACUUAAAAAAAAAAAAAAAAUGCAAAACCCAUUAUUAAUUAAACUUCCCAAACUGACCCCACCACCACCAUUUCUCAUCAUUGGUAUUAAUAACACAAGAGGACCCAACAUUAGCUUUAUUAGCACGAAACCAAGACCGAGAAGAACAAGAAGAGAGUGUAGUAGAAGAACAAGAAUAAGAACGAGUAGUAUCGUUAGGGCAAUGCCUGGUUCUUCAUUCGGCGAAUCUAGCGGAGACGAUAAUGGUCGGUUGAUUAAUAUAAAUAUCAAGCUGAACGAGUCUACCUUCUUGGCUUCCCUCAUGCCCAAGAAAGAGAUUGCCGCCGAUCGCUUCAUCGAAUCUCACCCUCACUUCGAUGGCCGCGGCGUCCUCAUCGCCAUCUUCGAUUCUGGGGUAGACCCAGCUGCAGCUGGAUUGCAAGUUACAUCGGACGGGAAGCCGAAAAUACUAGAUGUUCUUGAUUGUACUGGGAGUGGAGAUGUGGAUACCUCAAAGGUGGUGAAGGCUGAUGCAGAUGGUUGCAUUUGUGGAGCUUCAGGGGCUUCUCUUGUUGUCAAUUCUUCAUGGAAAAACCCUUCUGGUGAAUGGCGUGUGGGUUAUAAGUUGGUGUAUGAACUAUUUACGGACGCAUUGACUUCUCGUUUGAAGAGAGAAAGAAGGAAAAAGUGGGAUGAAAAGAAUCAAGAAGAAAUUGCCAAGGCCAUAAAGCAUCUUGAUGAAUUUGACCAGAAGCAUACUAAAGUUGAGGAUGCAAACCUGAAAAGAGCUCGUGAAGAUCUCCAAAGUAGAAUUGAUAUUUUACGAAAGCAAGCUGAAAGCUAUGAUGACAAGGGGCCUGUCAUUGAUGCUGUUGUGUGGCAUGACGGAGAAGUAUGGAGGGUUGCUCUUGAUACACAGAGUCUUGAAGAUGACCCAGACUGUGGGAAACUUGCUGACUCUGUGCCCCUAACUAAUUAUAGGAUUGAACGGAAGUUUGGUGUGUUUAGCAAAUUAGAUGCCUGUUCAUUCGUUGUUAAUGUCUAUGAUGAAGGGAAUAUCUUGAGUAUUGUAACAGAUUGCUCCCCUCAUGGUACUCAUGUUGCUGGUAUUGCAACUGCUUUCCACCCAAAGGAGCCUCUGUUGAAUGGUGUUGCACCUGGAGCACAGUUAAUAUCUUGUAAAAUUGGAGAUGCACGCUUAGGUUCAAUGGAGACGGGGACAGGAUUGACUCGAGCUUUGAUAGCUGCCGUGGAGCAUAAGUGUGACCUCAUCAACAUGAGUUAUGGAGAAGCUACUUUACUGCCAGAUUAUGGUCGAUUUGUUGACCUUGUCAAUGAAGUGGUGAAUAAGCAUCGCCUGAUAUUUGUAAGUAGUGCUGGCAAUAGUGGGCCAGCAUUAAACACUGUUGGUGCACCUGGUGGUACCACUUCAAGCAUUAUAGGAGUUGGUGCUUAUGUCUCUCCUGCAAUGGCAGCUGGUGCUCAUUGUGUGGUUGAAGCUCCCAGUGAAGGGCUCGAAUACACUUGGUCCAGCCGAGGACCAACAGCCGAUGGAGAUCUUGGUGUCUGUAUAAGUGCUCCUGGUGGGGCUGUUGCUCCUGUUCCUACAUGGACUCUUCAACGACGAAUGCUCAUGAAUGGAACAUCAAUGGCAUCGCCAUCUGCUUGUGGGGGAAUAGCGUUACUCUUAAGUGCAAUGAAGGCUGAGGGCAUUCCUGUGAGCCCAUAUAGUGUAAGGAAGGCUCUUGAGAAUACAGCUGUUCCUGUAGGUGGUUUGCCCGAAGAUAAACUAACCACUGGGCACGGGCUUAUGCAAAUUGACAAGGCACAUGAAUAUAUACAGAAGUCCCGGGAUGUUCCAUGUGUUUGGUAUCAAAUAAAAAUUAAUCAAUCUGGAAAAUCAAUUCCUACAUCUCGAGGCAUCUACCUAAGGGAGCCUAGUGCUUGCCAACAAUGUACUGAGUGGACAGUUCAAGUUGAACCGAAAUUUCAUGAAGAUGCAAGUAAAUUAGAAGAAUUGGUUCCUUUUGAGGAAUGCAUUGAGUUACAUUCCAGUGAAAAGGCAGUUGUCAGAGCUCCUGAGUAUCUCCUUCUGACUCAUAAUGGGCGUAGCUUCAAUAUCAUUGUGGAUCCUUCCAAUCUAAGUGAUGGUCUGCACUAUUUUGAACUCUCUGGGGUUGAUUGCAAAGCACCAUGGCGGGGCCCUCUUUUCAGAAUUCCAGUUACUAUCACAAAGCCUAUGGCUGUAGUGAGCCGGCCUCCUGUAGUUUCAUUUUCAAGGAUGCCAUUCCAGCCAGGCCACAUAGAAAGAAGAUAUAUAGAAGUGCCACUUGGUGCUAGUUGGGUUGAAGCAAUGAUACAAACAUCAGGAUUUGAUACAACCCGAAGAUUCUUUGUAGAUGCCGUUCAGAUUUGUCCCUUACAAAGGCCUCAAAAGUGGGAGAGCGUUGUGACAUUUUCUUCUCCUGCUGCCAAAAGCUUUGCCUUUCCUGUUGUGGGUGGUCAGACAAUGGAAUUAGCUAUAGCUCAGUUUUGGUCAAGUGGCAUAGGAAGUCAUGAAAGCACUAUUGUUGAAUUUGAGGUUGUGUUUCAUGGGAUUAACAUCAAUAAAGAGGAAGUAGUACUUGAUGGAAGUGAAGCACCCAGCAGAAUAGAUGCAGAAGCUUUGCUGGCAUCAGAAAAACUUGCACCUGCUGCUCUUCUAAACAAGAUAAGAAUUCCAUAUCGCCCUAUUGAUUCUAAACUUUGUACCCUUGCAACAAAUCGUGACAAACUACCUUCUGGAAAACAGAUUCUGGCACUGACAUUAACUUACAAGUUCAAAUUGGAAGAUGCAGCUGAAGUAAAACCUCAAAUACCAUUACUUAACAACCGUGUAUAUGACACUAAAUUUGAGUCUCAAUUUUAUAUGAUUUCUGACACAAACAAGCGUAUAUAUGCAAUGGGUGAUGUCUAUCCAAAUUUUUCAAAACUUCCUAAGGGAGAAUAUAAUCUACAGCUAUAUCUAAGGCAUGACAAUGUGCAAUAUUUGGAAAAAUUAAAGCAGUUGGUGCUCUUCAUUGAAAGAAAUUUGGAAGAGAAGGAUGUCAUUCGAUUGAGCUUUUUCUCUCAACCGGAUGGCCCUGUUAUGGGAAAUGGUACCUUUAAAACCUCAGUUUUAGUUCCAGGAAAAAAAGAAUCAAUUUAUUUGGGCCCGCCAUCCAAAGACAAGCUCCCCAAGAAUUCUACACAAGGAUCAUUAUUGCUGGGGGCAAUAUCAUAUGGAAAGCUAUCCUUUGGUCAACAAGAAGAGGGGAAAAAUCCACUAAAGAACCCUGUGUCAUAUCAACUUUCUUACAUAGUGCCACCUAAUAAGCUUGAUGAGGACAAGGGAAAAGGUUCUUCUUCAACUGGCAUCAAGACUGUUUCUGAACGUUUAGAAGAAGAGGUUCGAGAUGCGAAGAUAAAAGUUCUUUCAAGCCUAAAGCAAGAUAGUGAUGAAGAACGCUCAGAAUGGAAAAAGUUAUCAGUCUCUCUUAAGUCUGAAUAUCCAAAAUACACUCCAUUACUUGCAAAAAUUUUGGAAGGCUUGCUUUCUCAGAGUAAUAUUAAGGACAAAAUCCACCAUGAUGAAGAGGUUAUUGACAGUGCAAAUGAGGUGGUUGAUAGUAUUGACAGAGAAGAGUUGGCUAAAUUUCUUUCGCUCAAAAGUGACCCUGAAGAUGAGGAAGCAGAGAAAAACAAGAAGAAGAUGGAGAUAACCCGUGACCAAUUAGCAGAGGCACUGUACCAAAAAGGAUUGGCUCUAGCAGAUAUUGAAUCUCUAAAGGGCAAGGUGGCAUCGUCUUUGGCUUCAUCUAAAGAUUUGGAGAUUACUCGUGAUCAAUCUCAACCAGAGUCUGGUGUCCUGCCAGAUCUGUUUGAAGAGAACUUCAAAGAAUUAAAGAAAUGGGUUGAUUUGAAGUCGUCUAAAUAUGGCACCCUCCUAGUGCUACGUGAGAGACGUAGUGGAAGGCUUGGAACAGCAUUGAAGGCAUUGAAUGACAUAAUUCAAGAUGAUGGGGAACCUCCAAAGAAGAAGCUCUAUGAACUAAAGCUCUCUUUGCUUGAUGAGAUUGGAUGGAGUCAUUUGGCAACGUAUGAGAGACAAUGGAUGCACGUGCGAUUUCCAGCCAGCUUGCCACUUUUCUAAAAGGUUGCUAAAUUUCAGAUAGGUGUCUUGUAUUGAAUAAGUACCCUAUAGGCCCAUUCGAAUAAUUUAUUCCUGUACACACAGAUCCUUUCGAAAUAACAUGCAUCCAAUGAGUGCGUUUCAUGCAAUUGAAUGUCACACUCCUGUUCAAUUAAA